UGAUUGUCCCUGAUUCCUUGAUUAUUAUUUACGUCAAGAAUCCAAAAUUAUAUGCAAAUAAUACGUAAAAUAUUUCGUUUUAGUGCGAAUAAUACAUCAAUAUAAAUAUAAACCUACAUAAUUCUUUAAAAUCUUAGAUAAUGUGUGUCGUGUGCGUGAAAGUACGUUAAUGUAUACAAUUAGAAACAUAACCUAUAACGUAGGAAGUGUAUUUGAGUUUUCUUAGUAUUUAAGUAUAAACUAUGGCUUUUCAACUCUCUAGAAGGGAGGUAGAAGACUUACGGUCUUCCCUCGACCGUGCUAUUUACCGAACUAUCGGCAAAUCGGACAGUUCUUUGCUAUCCACUGUAUCUUCCUGUCUUACUAAUGGGUACGAGCGUCGUAAGAUAAUAGACAGAAUAUCAUCGCACAUAGACUCCAAAAAAGCGAGUAAACUCGCAGAUAAAGUGAUAGCCCUCGCACAAGAGCUGGUGUCAACGUCGAAGACUCAGAAACGGAAACAUGAUGAUAAGGAUAAAGAGAAAGAUUCGAAAAGAUCUCGUCACGACGACAGGCACGAAUCUCGUGAUGAGAAGCGUGACCGCGACAGAGAAAGGGAUAAAGAAGAGAAGGAGAAAAAAGCAGACAAUGGAAUAGAAAUACCAUCAAUACUCCCGGACGGGGAGACCAUUGGAUCGAAGAUGGCUGGUCUCAGUGCUGAUAAAAUUAAGGUGAUGAUGGCGAACGCCCAGAAGGAGAUCGAGGAGCGUAAGCGGGCUCUUCUCGCCCUGAAGGGAGAGCCUCGGAACGUAACUGCAGCUGCCGCUACCGCCCAGCAAAUCAAAGUCCAAAUGCAGCAAAACAACGUGAUCCCACCGCCCAGCGUCAUUAAGCCCGUUCUCUAUUCCAAACCAGCCGUACCCCACGUAACCGCUGAAGAGUUGGAGAAGCAGAGGAAGAUAGCGGAACUCCAGGCCAGGAUACAGAGGAAAUUAACUGGGGGCGCCCUGGCGGCGGCCGGCGCCACGGGCCCGGCGCCGCUGAUCCUGGACCGCGAGGGCCGCACCGUGGACACCAGCGGCAAGCGCGUGCAGCUCACGCACGUGGCGCCCACGCUCAAGGCGAACAUCAGAGCGAAACGUCGCGAGGAGUUCCGCGCUCAGCUCAGUGGGACGCUACCGGAGCCCGCAGUGGACGCCCCCUGGCACGACCCCCGCGUGGGCGCCAAGCCCCCCACCAGGGGCAAGAGGGCGCUGAGGUUCCACGAGCCCGGCAAGUUCACCCAGAUGGCGGAGCGGCUGAGGAUGAAGGCCCAAUUGGAGAAGUUACAAAAUGAGAUAUCUCAAAUAGCCCGCAAGACGGGGAUAUCGUCGGCUACAAAACUGGCCUUAUUAGCUGCCGAUGUACCAGACUCGGAUAGAGUUCCAGAUAUAGAGUGGUGGGACAGCGUGAUCCUCAUGACGCCCGAGGAGAGAGAGGCCCUGAGGAAACGGACUGAACAUGUGACUGACACAAAAACAGAUACGCAGACAGACAGCGCGAGGGUCGAGGCCUGUAACGUUGGAGCUGAUGAUAUAGUGGACAACCUGAACGAGGCCGCCAUCACGAAUCUGGUGGAGCAUCCUCAGCAGCUGCGUCCCCCCACGGAACCAUUAAAACCGACAUACAUGCCAGUCUUCCUCACCAAGAAGGAGAGGAAGAAGUUGAGAAGACAGAGCAGGAGAGAAGCGUGGAAAGAAGAACAGGAGAAAGUUAGACUUGGACUCGAAGCGCCUCCUGAACCAAAAUUAAGGAUAUCAAACCUAAUGAGGGCAUUAGGUACGGAGGCAGUUCAAGACCCCACAGCCAUCGAGGCGAAGGUCAGGGAACAGAUCGCCAAGAGACAGAAGACACACUUGGACGCGAACCAAGCGAGAGCUCUUACCAAGGACCAGAAGAGGGAUAAGAUAGACAGGAAGAUAAGGGAAGACACGUCUAUGAGUGUGCACGUGGCGGUUUACAGGGUGAAGGAUCUGUUCGAAUGCGCGUCCGCCAAGUUCAAGGUGGAGGUGAACGCGCAACAGCUGCACAUGACCGGCGUCGUGCUGCUGCACCGCGGCUGUUGUGUGGUGGUGGUGGAGGGCGGGCCCAAGCAGAGCGCCAAGUACAAGCGUCUGAUGCUGCACCGCAUCAAGUGGGAGGAGGAGAUGGUGAAGGACGCGGAUGGCCAGCAGACCGGGAACAGCUGCAGUCUCGUGUGGGAGGGGGCAGUAGCCAAGAGAUCCUUCGGGGAUAUCAAGUUUAAGGUGAUGCCAACGGAGAAACAAGCACGAGAGCUAUUCCAAAAGCACGGUGUAGAGCACUACUGGGACCUCGCAUACAGCGGGGCGGUGCUUGGGACUGGUACUGAGGAACCCUAGACGAUCUAGCCCUAGACGCCCCGGCCCUAGAAGUUCGAGUUUAUAGGAGAUCCCUAAAUGAAGAAGUCCUAGAUACAAAAAACCCUAAAAUUGCAAAAAUGCUGGUUUUAAGACAUGUAAAACAUAUAAAUAAAUGAUAAGUUAAAUAAA